AUGGGUCUCUUGCAGGGCCUUUUAGCCAAACGAGACGGUCGUCCCCAUAUAUAUCAUUGCGCUGCUUCUUUCGUGUCCGAGGACGAGGUUCCAUCUGACCAGUAUGCCUUUCGUCUUGGCGGGAUCACUGUUAAGGAAAACUCUAAGCUCGGACCUCGUCCCGAGAUCGAGAUUUACGAGUUUGAAGGAUGUCCCUUCUGUCGCAAGGUCAGGGAAAUGGUAGGAGUGUUGGAUCUUGAUAUUCUCUACUAUCCUUGUCCAAGAGGAAGUCCUAAUUUCCGCCCCAAGGUUAAUCAGAUGGGUGGCAAACAACAGUUUCCCUACAUGGUUGAUCCAAAUACUGGAGUAUCCAUGUAUGAAUCAGAUGGAACUAUCAAGUACAUGUCCGAGAAAUAUGGAGAUGGAACAGUCCCUCUAAGCCUGACACUUGGUCCACUAACGGUUAUAACAGCUGGCUUUGCAAUGAUUGGUCGUCUGGGGAAGAUGGUGCGUCCUUCAUGGUUCUAUCUAAGCCAUAAUGGUUCUGAUAGUACCCUUGAGCUGCAUACAUCGGUGAGUGAAGCGCCUGACUCGAUAUACCCGCAGGGCUUAUAG